UGCGUUCCGGAGAGGACACGCGGAACCGUCAUCUGCUGUGUAUUUAAAACUGCGUCAUCUGCGCCUCCUCCGAACCCAGGACGGAUCCCGCCCCGAUGCCGCAGUAGUGGACUCAUCACACCUCCAGCUUGCGUCGGGUUAAAGCAGAUUAUUGGGGAAGUAAAGCGUGUAUUAGUCUGUGAGGACGCGGGCCCGGAGCAUGACGUCUCAGACACGCCGCUGACAUGGCCUCGUUUCUGCAGAUCGCCGAUGACGAUGAAGGCCACGAGCUGGACCUUUUUUGUGUUCCCCGACAUUACGAAAAUGAUUUGGAACGGGUGAUCAUCCCGCACGGACUCAUCAUGGACAGGACCGAGCGUCUGGCCCGAGACAUAAUCCGGGACAUGGGCGGCCACCACAUCGCAGCUCUGUGUGUGCUCAAAGGAGGCUACACGUUCUUCGCAGACCUGCUGGACCACAUUCAAGUGCUGAAUCAGAACUGUGACGAAUCACUCCCCCUCACAGUGGAUUUCAUUCGGGUGAAGAGCUACUGCAAUGACAGGUCAACCAACAGUGUGAAAGUGAUCGGGGGGGAGGAGCUGUCCAAGCUCUCAGGAAAGAAUGUUCUGAUAGUCGAGGACGUCGUAGAGACGGGAAGGACAAUGGAGACGCUACUUUCCCUGCUGAGUGAAUGCAAACCCAAGAUGGUUAAAGUUGUGAGCCUUCUGGUGAAGCGGACCCCGAGGAGCUCAGGGUACAGACCAGACUACAUUGGUUUUGAGGUGCCAGAUGCUUUUCUGGUGGGCUACGCUUUGGACUACAAUGAGCACUUCAGGGAUCUCAGUCACAUCUGUAUACUGAAUGAUCAAGCCAAGGAGAAAUACAAAGUAUGAGGGGACGACUCAAAUCAAGACUUGGACUGUGAUGCCCCUCCUUAACCGUGCAGUGUUUUGAAUUUUAUUUAAUUUUGUACAGAUUUGUACAUGUGACAGCUGGUUUAUAAAUAAGCUGAACACCCAAUUUAUCCUCUAAUGAAUACAUGAAAUCGCACGUUUUAUGAAUAUUUUGGUUGUUAUUGACUUAUUUUUCCAGUACAUUGCAGAGGUAAACAAAAUAUUGUCUUAUUUGUUUAAUUAGGGCCGGGACUUUAGUGCGUUAAUUAAGAUUAAUUAAUUACACAAAAAAUAACCCAUUAAACAUUUUUACACUUAUUUUUUGCACCGCGGAACGUUUCUCACUGGAUGAGUUUCGGGGGGACCGAUUAUACUGGAGCACCAACUAGCGUCCAUGACUUCAGACAACAACAAACCACAGUGAACAUGAACGAAGAAGCUGACGAGACCGUGUCGGGUGGCCCCGUGAAUGGGAAAUCUUCUUAUAAUAAACACACGGAUGGAAGCGUCGAUAAGAGCGUGGUUGUGUGCAAGCUGUGCAACAAGGAAUUCACAUCGAGCCUCAAGUAUCACCUCAACGCAACACAAUUAGCAGCUAGCGUGGACGUACAAGGACCCACACCCAACCCACGCUGCACCAGAUGACUGGUUUAAGGACCAGGGUAACUAAGUCCACGUCUGAAAAAAUAACCAAUGUUCUGAAUGUACUUGAAAGUAUUGGUCUACUUAAAAAACCUAGUUUACAGAAGGUCUACUUACCUAUAGGCUACCUGAAUUUCUGAAAGUAAUAUAUUUCUAAAUAUGCUAUUUCUACACUUGUCUGCUGGAAUUGGUUGAACAAAAAUAAAAAUCCAUGUGAAAAAAAUUACUUCUCACUGUUCUCAGGUCAAAUAUUUAUGCAAUUAAAAUGUGAUUAAUUUUGAUUAAUUAAUUACAAAGCCUCUAAUUAAUUAGAUUAAUAUUUUUAAUCGAGUCCCGGCCCUAGUUUAAAUCAAACAUUGUUCUGUGAGCUAUUAGUCAAAUGUUGUGUUUACACUUGGAAUGCGGAUAUAUCCUCUCAUGUGCCAUGGAUUUCGCAUUAUGCCAUAAAAUAUAUUUCAUUUGUGACGUUUUCAUCGAGGACAUGUAAAAAAACAAUAUAAAUUUCCUUCAAUCUCUGAA